CACCUUUCUUCUCGUUUUCUUCUUCCUUCUCACUCUCUAACUCUCUUUCUCUCUCUCCCCCAUUUGUCACAGCCUGCAAGGGCCUCUCCUUCCCGCCAAAAGCCCAAUAUCCUAAUUAACUUUUUGGGGUCGUCUUAAUAAUUACCUAUUGGUUCUUCUCUCUCUCUCUCUCUCUGCUAAAUAUCUUUUUGUCCAUCCAUCUCUGUGUAUUUCAAGUACAUGAUUUCAAAGUCAUCUCCUUUUCUUGCUGGGAUAUCUACAAAAAGAUUUCUCACUCCAGAUAUACAAUCAGUACCACUGUCUUUUCUCUUUUUCUUUUUCAAUUUCGCUUCCAAGAGGAAUAUAUAUAGAAUUAAAGAAUCUUCCUCUUUGCCUUCGCUUCUUUUUUCUCAGUCUAUUUCUUCUUUGUCCCAACUAUAUGCUUUUUCUACCUUCUCUGCUUUUUCUCUACAACAACAAGUACCAUGAUAAGUUUCGAUGAUCCUCGAUACUCAUCCACCGUGCAACCCCACAGAGUGAAAUACUCAGAACACAAAGUGACCACAAGCAAGCUCGUCCCUGACCCAAAAGCCAUGACUUCAAAACUCGUGAGGAUCAUACACACCGACCCCUACGCCACAGACUCUUCCAGCGACGACGAGCCAGAACGGAGACCAGUACGGAGAAUCAAACGGCUCGUCAGAGAGAUCAGCUUCGAGCUCCCAUCGCUUCCCUCGAGCUCACAGUUGCCAAAGCAAGAAGUACGCAAGAAGAGACCAGCUAGAUCGACGGAAUCCGCCGCCGUAACUCGCCGGAAAAAGUUCAGAGGCGUCCGGCAAAGACCGUGGGGUCGAUGGGCCGCUGAGAUCCGAGACCCGACUCGGAGAAAACGGGUCUGGCUUGGUACCUUCGAUACGGCGGAGGAAGCUGCUUCUGAGUACGAUAAAGCUGCGGUUAAGCUCAAGGGUCCUAACGCCGUUACCAAUUUCCCUAACUCCGUUAUGACGGAGACGUCUGUUGACGUGGACAGUGUCAAUUGCAAGGAGAUCGAUUCUCCUGCCUCGUCUGACGUGGCUUCCUCAUCUCCCACCUCAGUUCUCCGUUACGAGGAAUCGUCGCCGUCCGAUGACCUCGGGAUCGGAGACGUCGAUGUUUUCGGGUUAGAUUUUGACGUGCCGUUAAAUUUGACGAAUCUUGUUUUGUCAAAAAAGCCCUUGGUCGAGGAGGUGAAAUUAGAGUUCGAUGACUUUGGUUUCGGGGACGUCGAUGCUUUCGGGUUUGGUAUUGACGGGCCGUUAAAUUUGACGGAUUUCAUGUUGUCUAGAAAGCAAUUGGUCCAGGAAGAGGAAGAGUUCGGCGAGUUUGACGUCGAUUCGUUCUUAGUAUAAUAAUUUCAUCUUCUUAAAAAAAAAAA